CUUCUUCUGGCAUUAUUUGCAUUACCUUUGGAUGCAAAAUACAAAACUAGAGAUUGGAAUUAGCACUUUUUUCACCUUUUAUGACCUCUAAAUGUCCCCAAAGCCCCACCCCAUUUCAUUUUCAACACCCCUUUUUUCUUCUCUGAUCACCAGCAGCUAUUCUACAGAAUCUAGGGUUUUCAAGACUGAAUAUGCACCUGUUUUAGACAAAACCCAGUCGUGGUUCUGCAACUUUUCAGACAAAAAAAUGGGAUGAUUUCGACGGUUUGAAUCACAAAAAGUGGGAGAAUUUCAAUCCUUCCAGUUGAAAUGACCACCGAAAGCCCAAUCAGAAUCAUGGAUGCAUUCGGGAAACAAUCUACGAACAUGAACAUCGAGGACCUGGGAUUACUCUUGAAAGCUCAAAAUUUUCAAGAAAAACAGAAAACUUCACCUCCCAAUCGAAGCGGAAGUGCUCCUCCAAGCAUGGAAGGUUCAUUUGCCGCCAUUGAAAACUUCAUGUCGAGACAUAAAAUUUCUCAAAAUAUGUCUGAAUCUGAAGAACAGCUUCGCGCGGAUCCUUCUUACAUUGCGUAUUACUCGAACCACGUCAAUUUAAACCCUAGACUCCCUCAACCUCUAAUCUCAGAUGAAAAUAGACAUCUGUUUGUAGGAAAUAAUCAAAGACCGACAUCUUUUGAUGAUUCUUUCCGCCCAAAUCAGAGUAAUCUUUCCACCCAUAAAGAAGAAUCAGACGAUGAUCGAUCACCAAAACAGGAAGAAACAGAGGAAACAAAUGAUCAUGAUACGGGGCGACUUUUGUAUUCAAACCCCCCUCCAUCUUCCAUUAACACAACUUCAAUUAAUCAUUCACAAGACAAUCUUCCGAAUGCAGAAAGUCAAAGUCAAAGAGACCGAAGAACAAUGUUUCAAGUAUACGGGCCGGGCCCACAACAUCAAACCUACAUUAACAUGAACCAAUAUCUUCAAACUCCUUCAAAUUCAGUGACUUCACAGUCGCCAUAUGGAUCGGGUUCAUAUAUGAUGACGGGUAAUCCUGUUUACCCGAAUAUGAUUCAAUCUGGAUACUUCCCUCCUCAACAAUACGUAACCGGAUAUGCUUUUAAUCAUCAACCUUCUCUUUCACCUUAUGUAACUGGAUACCUCCCUACAAAUCCUGUUCAUGUCCCUAUGCCUUUCGAUAUCACUGCAUCUCAAAGCUUCAUUGGUCAAAAUCAAAGUCAAACCUCUGGUGUUAAUUUGCAACAUUUCAACAAGUUCUAUGGGCACCCAGGAUUACAAAUUCAACCUCCAUUUCUUGAAAGUUUGCAGAUUGCUUCUUCUACACAUGGAGAUGAUCAUCAGAUAAUGCCAAAACAACAAUCUUUAGGACUCAUGGGGCAUAAUUUGAAUUCAAGAAGAAUAGAUACUCAUACUAUGAAUCCUUACUAUUUUGGAAGCCCAACAAAUUCUGGUAUUUUACAGUUUCCACCCUCGAAUUUUGCUAGUCCACCUGUCCCAGGAUCCCCUAUUGGUGGGGUCGGUUUCCAUAGUGGGAGGAAUGGAGUGAGGUCACCUUCAGGCUCUUAUGGUGGACAUCAGGUUUUUAAAGAUCCUAAAACCUAUUCAUUUCUUGAAGAAUUGAAAUCUGGGAAAGGUCGUAGGCUUGAUCUUUCUGAUAUUUUUGGGCAUAUUGUUGAAUUCUGUGGUGAUCAACAUGGAAGUCGAUUCAUUCAACAGAAGCUGGAAAUUUGUAGUGUUGAAGAGAAGGAAUCUGUAUUUAAAGAAGUUCUUCCUAAUGCUUCUAGUUUGAUCACUGAUGUUUUUGGUAACUAUGUUAUUCAAAAGUUUUUUGAGUAUGGAAGUACUGAGCAAAGAAGGGAGCUUGUAAACCAGCUUGAAGGUCAGAUAUUGCCUUUAAGUCUCCAAAUGUAUGGUUGCCGAGUGAUCCAAAAGGCCCUUGAUGUGAUUGAGCUAGAACAAAAAAUAAAACUUGUUCGUGAGCUAGAUGGACAUGUUUUAAGAUGUGUUCGUGAUCAAAAUGGAAAUCAUGUGAUACAAAAAUGUAUAGAAAGUAUUUCAAUGGAGAAAAUAAAAUUUGUAAUCUCAUCUUUUCGUGGUCAAGUUGCAUCCCUUUCAACACAUCCGUAUGGAUGUCGUGUCAUUCAGAGGGUACUAGAACACUCCACAGAUGAAUUACAAAGCCAAUUUAUUGUUGAUGAGAUAUUAGAGUCUGUUUACACUCUCGCACAAGAUCAAUAUGGCAAUUAUGUAACUCAGCAUGUGUUAAAGAGGGGAAAACCGGAGGAAAGAAACCAAAUUGUACACAAGUUGAAGGGACAUGUUGUACAACUAAGUCAACAUAAAUUUGCAUCAAAUGUUAUUGAGAAGUGUUUGGAAUAUGGUGAUUCUGCUACAAGAGGAGUCUUGAUUGAAGAGAUCAUUGGUCUUGGUGACAAUAACGAUAAUUUAUUGGCGAUGGUGAAGGACCAAUUUGCAAAUUAUGUUAUCCAGAAGGUUCUUCAAACGUGUACACCGGAUCAACAUCAAGUGUUGCUUGGUAGAAUAAAGAUUCAUCUCAAUUCAUUGAAGAAAUAUACUUAUGGAAAACAUAUUGUUGCUCGCUUUGAACAAUUAUAUGGUGAAGAGUUUCAAGUGUCUGGAUCAUAAAGUGCUGCUGAAUACAUUACUGGUGAAGUAGAGAAAUUGGAAAAUGGAGAAAAAAAAGUGUAUUUGAAGCAUGGGUGUUUUAGGAAGUGGGUAAAAUAUAGAAGUAUGAAUCGACAUGUUGUAUAGAUACAGUCGUUAUGCAUAGUGAUGCUGCUGUAAAUUCCUGAAUUAUUUGUCUUAAGUUUGUGGUUGUGAUGUCUGGAUAUUGAGUUUUUAGCUAGGGAAGUCUGAAGAUGAAUGUUUCUCUUUUUCCUGUCACAUGAAUAUCAUUAAAAUAAGGGUUAAUUCUAUUUUCAAGUAAUGAAUUGUUA